AUGGCAGCCCAGCAACGACGCGACCUAAAAAUUGGUCUCCUGCUGCUUCGUAGCGGAAAUAGCGAUCCUGAACUCCACCAAGUGACCAACCACAGCGUAAACAAACACUCACAAUUGAAGGACCACCAGUACUUCCACCGCACGCAAAUGUCGCGACACCUUUUCGUACCGAUGGCCCCUGUUGCAAUCUCGGGUGGCACGCCAAGUAAAUUGCGAGCGCUGUUACCCAACACGUAG